AUGCCGAACCUCGUCGCCAUCGACGUCUCGGUCACCGACAACCGCAUCCGCCUGGUAUUCUCGGACCGCGCCGUGGCCGCGGCCUAUGCAGCCUACCUCCGAGCCCAAGACCUGCGACCCCCGCAGUACCAGACUAUCCCGGGCUAUCAGCGGUCUCCGCAGCUGCACACCACCACCAAGGAGGUCAGCCUGUCACUGCCCGCCUUCAUCACCUGGUUCAUCACCUGUCGCCUACCAGACGACGAGGACGCCGUCACCUUCACCUUUAUGCCGGAGCACGCGCGCUACGCCACACGCUGGGCGGAGACCAUGCUCCUGUUUGAGCCCGUCCGUCCGGACCACGAGGAGGACGAGGACGAGGACGACUAUUACGACGACGCAAAGGGAAACGAUCGCGACUACCAGUACGGCGCCCCGGCUCGCCAGCGCAGCCCCAAGCAGCUGCACGUCCGCCGGCUAUGGAACCGGGCCUACCUGCUGAAGCGGCUCGAGGAGCUGCGCCGG